UCAAUCAACUUUUUUACAAUUUCCCCUCGUUGCUCAGUUCCUGCCUCGAUUUGAAAAAGACUCAAUAUGGAUUCUAAACCCAUUCGUGACUCACGAGAGGCAAGUGUCCGCCCCUUCGUCAUUAUUUGCGCUGCCAUUGCCGCGCUUACCACCUUCAACAGUGGUGUCAAUACCAGUGUGCUCAAUAUUCCUGGAGAUUAUGUUCGCAACUGCCCUCAAUCUGGUGUGCAAAACUACCCCAACUCAUCUCUUCCUAUGUGCAUUCCUAUGAGUGAUUGGAUCUGGGGUGUUGCUACUGGUAUGUUUGCCAUUGGUGGUCUUCUUGGAAGUGCUGUCGCUAAGCCCAUGUCCGAGAGGUUCGGUCGUCGUGAUGCCUUGAUCAUGAUCAACGUUACUUUCAUCAUCGGUGCCGCCUUGCUUUCUACUUCUACUACUUCUGCUCAAUUCGCUAUCGGUCGUAUCUUCUGUGGUAUUGGAUCCGGUUUUGGUACUGUGGUUGUCUCCAUGUACAUUGCUGAAAUUGCUCCACCCAAAAACCGUGGCGCCCUUGGUACCAUGCUUCAAUUGUUUACUACCAUUGGUAUCCUCGUCAUUGAAGCCAUCGGCCUUGGUCUCUUGUCUCCUGUCGGCUGGCGUGUUGCCACUGUCAUUACUGUAGUCCCCGCCAUCAUACAAAUGGUCUGCCUUCCCUUCUGUUCUCGAUCUCCUCGUUGGUUGAUCUCUCAAAACCGCAUUGAAGAAGCCCAAGUUGAGCUCUUGCGACUUCGUCAUGGUGACAUCGAAGCCGAAUUCCAAGACAUGGUUUCUAGCGCUCAGAAGAAGAAAAUCGUUGAAAAGGAAGCGGCUAUUACUGGUACUGCUCCCGACACCGAUUCUGCUCUUGCAGCUGAGACCGCGGCAACUCCGUACGAAUCAGAACUUGCUUUGUCUAUUCCUGAACUUCUCCGUAUUCCAGUCUUCUGCAAACUCACAAUCAUCAUGAUGAUCAUGCAUGCUGGUUCUCAACUGUCUGGUAUCAAUGCCAUUAUGUAUUACUCAACUACCAUUUUCCAAAUGUCGUUUGGUGACAAUGCCAAGUAUGUCACUGUUGGUGUCGGUGCCUUGAACGUUGUCCUCACCGUGGUUUCUCUCUUGGUCAUCGAUCGUCUUGGACGCAAGAUCCUUCUUCUUAUUUCAGAGUUUGGCAUGUGCAUUUUCUGCGUCAUUAUGUGCAUUUCUGUCGUAUUCAGCGUCGCUCCCUUGCAAAUUGUUUGUAUCAUGCUCUUCGUUUGCUGUUUCGCUGUCGGUCUCGGAGUUAUUCCCUUCAUCUACACUGCUGAGGCUUAUCCUACCUAUGCUGUCGGAGCUGCUACCUCUUUGGCCCUCGCCUGUAACUGGUUCUUCAACUUCGUCAUUGGUUUAAUCUACCCCACUCUCCAAGCUGCUAUGGGUGGCUAUGUCUUCUUGAUUUUCGCCGGUAUUGGUUUGGUUCACGGUAUCUUCACCAUCUUCUUCAUUCGUGAAACCAAGGGCAAGUCAAUCGAGACCAUUGGUAAAGAAUGGGGAUGGCUUGAUAUCAAUCCCAGAGAAAUUAAGGGUGUUCCUGCAGUUCCUGAAGCUGCUCCCGCCAAAGCUACUGCUGAUUACGCAUAAGACUUUUCCAAUUUCUUUUUUUUAGUGUCAUUUAAAACACAUUAUGUCUUUUAUCCCCUCUCACUCUUACUGUCUAAUCCUUCUUCACUUCAUCGUUUGUUUUCAAUUGCAUCACAUUUCAUUGUUAUGUGCAAUGAAAUCAUCAUAUCCUUCUUUCUCAAUUGUACAGCAAGAAGUUUAAACCUCACUAAAAAUAUAGAUUAUUUAUUUUUAAACAUAUCGAGCAUCUCUGGAUUUUUUUUUGUGCC